AUGACACCCCGUCAGCCCUACCCUGGCACAGACAGGAAACUUGUUCUUGGCUUUGAUAUUGGAACAACAUAUGCAGGAAUCUCCUACUCCUUUCUUCAACCCGGUCUACCCCCAACUAUCCUACCAGUAACCAGAUUUCCACCACAAGAACAUGUUGGCAGUGAUUCGAAAGUCCGUUCUCUGGUCUACUACGACUCUGGUGGUCGACCAAUGGCUUGUGGGGCUAUGGCUGUUCAAGAACAAGUUGAAGAAAAGGCGGAGGAACAGAAUUGGCACAAGGCUGAGUGGUUCAAACUACAUAUGCGCCCAGACCAUAUUGUUUCCACAAGCAUCGAUAUCCUCCCUCCUCUUCCUGAAAACACACAUGGCUCUGAUGUAUACGCAGACUUUCUGCACUAUCUUUAUGGCUGUGCUCAAUCAUACUUGAUUGACACAUAUCAUGAGGGUGAAGCCUUGUGGGUUGAGCUGCAACAUACAGCAGAAUGCGCCAAGCAGCAAUUACUGCAGGACUCAUCCCAGACAACCCUGCUGGACAUGAUAGGGUUCAUUUUGUCACUGAAGGAGAAGCAAGUUUGCAUUUUUGCAUCUUGA